AUUUAUCACAUGGAGCCUGAUGGACUUGAAGAAUGGGAACGAGGAGAUCAUAGAUUAGACUUCGGCUCAUCCACCAGCAUUGCGUACUUAGUAUACACAGGUGUAUACCAAAUAAUUUUCUUACUAGUCAUGAUACAGGUGGUGAGAAACCUUAUCAGCGAGUUCAAACAGUCAUUCGUGGAUUAUCUUAAUUUUACACAGAUAAUAUUUAUCAUACUAUACCUAUUAUCUCGGAAUAUAUAUGGAAUUAUCUGAUUAAUCCAAGUGCCAGGGAUAGAGUUCUUCCAUGUGCCUGUGCUUGCCCUGACAACCUUCUUUUUCUACUAUUUCAUUGUGAUUAAUAACAUUUCGUGGUAUUGCUUUAUUAUCCAUCUAAAUGCUGCUGUAGUUCCUUCUGAUCUGACCCCAGAGGUGCUGAAGAAAAUCAAAACCUGAGAGAAGACUAUCACUCUUAUCUGCUUUUCUAUAGGGAUAUUUUUAUUUGCCUCAUGGGUCAUUCUGAUGAUAACCUCAUUUAGCCUAAAUUGAGACCGCUCCAAAUUAUACCAUAUUGGAGUCGCUCUAAUGAGCCGCGAGUGAGGCAUAAUACAGCUCACAGCAAGGAUCUACACCACUGUGUGAAUAGUCGUCGGAGGUAUCGCCACAAUCACAAAAUGAGUUCUAGGGAUAAUUAUCCUUAAGAAAAUGAAGAAAUAAGCUAAACUUCUGCUACAAGGAAGACAGGAAGCUUAUAAUAUCAACAAUAAUCUUGACUGUUUGUACAAUGGGGUUUAAUACACUGACUAACUCAAUCAAUCAUUUCUCAGAGAACAUCUGGCUGCUGUACAUCCUGAAUGCAGAGUCAGUGACUGCGUUCACCCUGACGUACAAAACCUUGAUUUCCUUCGUAAACUCCUUGUUAGAAAUCUUAUUAAUGGUGUAUACAUCAAAGAGUAUUGACUUCAGAUACUACAUCCUCAUUCUCUUACAAGGAAGAUGUAUGAUCGGAUAUUCUCCAAACACUUAUCAUACUCCUAUUGGUACCCCCAGUAUGAGCAUUAAUAUUUCAAUAUUCUUGAAACUGAGAAAGUAUUUUCCAAAUAGCUUCAGCGGUAGAUUCUCAAAUACAAAAUAUAUGACAUCAGGAAUUGAACCUCUUUCUGUGUAUAAGAUAUCAGAAGAGGAACAGCCCUUUAUUAAUUAUGAUAAGAAGGAAACAGAAGAUGUCAAACUGUUGCUGACUCAGAGAAAUCCUAAACUUGCAAGUACCAGUGCUACUGGAAAAGAUGUGGCACAUUUCAGGAAGAAAUCUAGUUUUAACUUUACUUAGGGCUCACUUAUUUCUUAUUUAAAAUCUU